AGGGUCUCCCCGACAAGAGGAAACGUGAAGACGCACGCGCGCCCAGAGGAAUUACCUGUGAAACAUGGAGUCCGUGCGGAUCCUAGGAGCCGUGCUGCUGCUUUUCUGCUGCUUUUAUGUGGGAGAAUCCAAAAACUCUCGAACAUUUAUAGCGCAGGAAGACCCUAACAACUCGGGUCUUUAUAUCACGAGUGCAGAAGCUGUGAAGACUCUGAAGAGUCCCCUGACCACCGUUUUCUUCCCGAUGAUCUACAUCCUGGUGUUUGUGGUGGGACUUCCCGCAAAUGGAAUGGCUAUAUGGGUGUUCCUCUUCAGGACCCAGAAGAAGCACCCUUCUUCGAUCUACAUGGCCAACCUGGCUCUGGCUGACCUUCUCUUCGUCAUCUGGCUGCCUCUGAAAAUUUCGUACCACCUAAAUGGCAACGACUGGACCUAUGGAGAGCCGAUGUGCAAAGUCCUUAUCAGCUUCUUCUACGGGAACAUGUACUGCUCCGUGCUGUUCAUCACAUGCCUCAGCGUGCAAAGAUACUGGGUUGUUGCACACCCUCUGUCCAUGCAAAGGAAGAACAACAAAAUUGCGAUUGGCAUCUCUCUGGCCAUUUGGGCUUUUAUUUGGCUAACUACCACGCCUCUAUACCUGUACGACCACACGGUGAAGCUCAAGGAUCCCAACGUGACCACUUGCCAUGAUGUGAGCAUCAUUAAAGACGCCGAAUACCCGUUCGGCUCCAUCCAGCUCCAGUUCUACUACUUCAUCUUCAUGGGUCUGGUAGUGUUCCUUGUCCCAUGUGUGGUGAUCAUUGCGGCCUACAUCCUUCUACUGAAAACAUUGGGGGGCGCCAAGGAGGAGAACGCUACAUCAAAGAACCGACACAAAGUAGUUGUGCUGAUUGUGAUCGUCCUGGUGACGUUCCUGGUCUGUUUCAUCCCCAGCAACAUCAUGCUGGUGUUGCAUUAUUCCCUUCUGAAAGACGGGAUGGCAGAAAAUAGUUACAGCUUCUACAUUACCACCCUGUGCCUGUCGAGCCUCAACAGCUGCCUGGACCCAUUCAUCUACUACUUUGUGUCGGAGGACUUCAGGAACCACGUGAAGAACACGCUGCUCUGCAGGAGCAGCCGGACUGUGGAGAGAAUGAGAGUAUCCUUUAGCUCCAUGAAAUACUCCAAAAAGAGCAAGGCGUAUGUGUCGGAUUCGGGAACCACGCAGACCAGCACCUUGUAGCACGAAACCCUUGUUGUCACGUUAACCCUCUAAUACCUAAGCUGUUGCUAGCGACAGCAAAGUAACACAUGUUCCUUGAACUAGCGUAACUCUUUGACCAUGUACACAAUAGAUGUAAUUCUAACAGAUUCUGAUGCUGAGAAAAGCGACUAUAUGCAAAACUUUGUUAGUACAGUUAGCGGUUUACGUUAAUUGUGUAAUUGUAACAUAUCACAAUCCAUUGGAGUUGCCUAUAUAAUGCUUUUCUUGAGCCUUUCAGAGUAAACUAUAUUCUUAUAUAUGAUAAUAUAUGACCCAUAGCACACUAAAGAAUGUUUUUUUAAUGACAUAUUAGUUAUUUUCACAGUUCAAUUGUUGACACUGCAUGGUAUAGGCCCUUUGCAUAAACGGUUAAAAAGUUACGAUAGCUCAACGAACGUCAACACUAAAGCCAACGCUCAGGUGUUAAUAGAUUAACAAAGUUAGACUUACAAAAUGUGAAAAAAACUGUGGUUAAUAAUAAAAAAACCUCAACUAUUGUUGUUAAAUAUGUAUUUUAUAUUGUACAUAAUGGUGGGGAACGUCUGUCCAAGGCCGGGGUUUGGUGCCAUUCACGAAAGCAACUUAACAAUUAUGUAAUGUUUGAUGAUGACGCUAAUGCUAACUAGUUAGCAUGUUUAAGAUGAGUUGUGCAACACUGUUUUUAUUUUUUUAUGGUUUCUCUGUAUUUUUUACAGCUACUAAAAUGUUACAUAUUUUUUUAUAAAUAAAAGCGACAGAAGGAAAUAUCUGUGAAAGU